CUUUGGACACAGCUGAGUAUUCUUUGUUGCUGUUUCUUGUGUGUUUGGGUAUCAGGUUACACUCUCCGGGUUUCAAUACACGAGCAGAGUCAACAAUGGCUGUGUUUGAAGUGUGCGAUGUCUACAGAGAGCCCAACGUGACCAAUUUCGUUGCGUCUCUGGUGAUUGCCGUUGGUAUCGUGAUAUCGUAUGUACCGCAAUACGUGAAGAUAGUGCAGACGCGCACCUCUGUUGGGCUGUCACCGACGUUCCUAUUCCUCAUAUCCGUUGCAGGAUUCUCUGCGAUGUCUAAUCUUGUGCUGCUUUCCUCUCUCUCGCUGCCCUGCUGUUCUGAGCUCACCGGGUUCGAAUGUGUCAAUUCACAGGUGAGUCUAAUACAGGUUGGUUUGCAGGCAAUUUCCACCCUGUUCAUCCCGUUGCUGUGUGUCAUCUACACCAACACCCCGGACAACACUGAGUACGAACAGGUUGUCGAAGCAUGGAGAAGAAUACUCCUGUAUAUCGCCACUGUGACGAUACUGGUUAUCGUUGCGUGUUUUACAUUCAGCGCUGCUCACGUUUUACUCUUUGCGCAGAUCCUGGGCGUAUUAUCAACGGUGAUCACAUUCAUACAGUACAUUCCACAGCUCGUGGAAACGUAUCACCUCAAGCAUUCCGGUGCGCUGAGUAUAGCAAUGAUGCUGAUCCAAACCCCCGGAGGGUUCUUGUGGACCACAACGCUCAUCAUGAAACCAGGCUCCAAUUGGAGUAGUUGGCUACCGUAUUUGGCAGCGGCCUCCUUACAAGGUGUGCUGCUCAUGAUGUGCAUCUACUAUGACUACUACCUCACGCCAAAGCAGGCUCUUCUGGAUCAACAGAACAGUCAAAAUUAUGUCUAAGCACUAACAUUGGGGGAGGGGGGAGGUGAACUGUGGCAUGAUACAUCCGCACACCACCUCGACUACCGAAUACGGUAGACUUCCCAAUCCGGUAAUUUUGGUGAAAGAUGAGCAAAAAAAUUUACAUAUGUAAAAUCGAGACUAAUUCUUUC